AUGAUGGAGGCCAUAUCCCAGCGCAACUUCAAUUCCUCCUCCAUCGCCAACCUUUCCAUUCCAACGUCACUGUCGCUGUCGUCGCAGCAGCCAGCCGGAGGUCCCUUAUACUGGCCCUUUGACGCGCGAUCCUACUCCGCCCUCGCCUGGGCGCCUGAAACCUUCGCUUACAACUUCAACCUGAACCCUUCUUCUCUCGCCGCUGCAAAGGCUUCCGCUGCUCAGACUUGCACCAAACCCACUGGGCGCCGCCCGCGCCAGCCUGCCGCGAUAUCUCGUUGCACGGCCAGGACAGAGGCCAGAACCGCGUCUCCUGCGAGCGUCGAUUACAAGAGCGCUUCUUCUUCGGCUGCUUCUUCCGCGAGAUCUUCACCAGCGGGCUUCUCCCCGCGCCUCAAGCCCAAGAUGCCCGGACGACCUCCGAAACGGGCUGCCAGCAGUGGUGAAGACGACGGCCCCAUCCACCCUCCAGGCAAAGCCAAGCUCGCCAGAUUAGAACGAGGUCCCGAUGACUUCUCCAGCGUUGUCAAGAACCGAUUACAAUCUUAUACACGCACUGGUCAAGCUUGCGACAGAUGCAAGGUUCGCAAAAUUCGAUGCGAUGCUCUCCCCGAAGGAUGUUCGCACUGCACCAACCAAAAUCUCGAAUGCUAUGUUACCGACCGCGUGACAGGUCGUACGGAGCGAAGAGGAUACAUGCAGGAAUUGGAGAGGGAAAAGAGCGACAUGCUUUCCCACAUUCGCGAUCUUGAGAAGCUACUCGACAACAAAGGCGUCGAAGUCAAGCCUUGGGAGUGGUCGCCCUACGCGCAAUACCCCUCAGGCGUGAACUUUGAUGAUAUGGGAAACCCAAUUCCCGAUCCAAAUACUGGCGAUACAUGGUCUCAAGUCGGCAGCGCAUGGGUCAAGAAUUCUUCGUCAAACGCCAGCUCCAAGUCUGAUUCCAGUCCAACCUUUCCUCGCACACUGGAAUCUCGCCCUCAUGGAAACCAUCUCGGUGUCGGAUAUGACAGCUCUCCUCUGAGCUCAAUUGGCGGAACGAAACUGUCCAUCCUCGGAAUGACAGUCGACCUCGCAAAGUUCGAGGCCCCAGAUAUGGAGGAGCCACCAACCGAUGCGAAGCCAUCAACGCCAUUGUACAACAAAUCGCCACAAGCUUUCCUUCAGUCCAUCAUGCGAGUCAAUCCCCCAAUGCACGCUGACAUGCCUUCUCGUGAAGACGCCUUCACCUACGCUGAGUGGUACUUUAUGACAUUCUCUGCUUUCCUUCCAGUGCUCCACAAACCUUCAUUUAUGCGCCUAUUGACGCGCAUGUACGACGAACCUAAUUUUCAGCCUUCUGUGGCGGAGCUUGUUACGGUGCAUAUGCUUUUCGCCAUCAUUUGCUACCAAUACGGUACAAGAAAUUGGCAGCAAGUCGAUCAGCGCACUCAAAUGAACGACCAAUCCAACAAGCAUUACCAUUUCGCCUUGAGCAAAUUCUUUGAGUUGUCAUGUUCCCGAGACCUGGCUUCGGUCCAGGCCAUGGCCAUGAUUGUCAAGCAUACCAGAGCUUUCCCCAAGCCUGGCUGUGUCUCGAUCAUCGUCAACCUUGCGCUUCAACGUGCGCUCGAAUUGAAUCUUCAUCGAGAGUCAAGAAAACCAGGCGAGGGCACAAACCUUCAGCAUGAACUCAGGAAGCGAGCUUUCUGGGUCAUUAUGACUGUUUACAUCGCUGUUGUUGGUCGCCGUGGCCGACCAAUGCCUAUUACUGUUGAGGAAUUUGACGUCGGCUUCCCCGAGCCUAUCGCAGAUGAGCUCCUGACAGAUGAGGGCGUUGACACAUCUCGUGAUAUUCCCUGCCCUUACUGGCCAGGCAUCGUUAGUUUCAAGAUCAUUCCAAUCUACAUGGAGAUGUACUCGAAUAUUUACAGUGUUCGACGAGAUGCGCGCAAUUACGUCAGUGUUGUUCACGCGCUCGAGGCCGCUAUCAAGAAGUGGGAAGAUGAGCUCCCUGGUCAUCUGAAGAUGGGCCACGCUGAGCAGACUGAACAGACACGCAUGGCAGCUGUCUACGCCAAGACAUGGGCGCUCGAGUUCCGACUCUGUUUGCGACAUCCUUCAGUGGCCAUGACAAGCGACAAGGCGAUGAUGGCUGAGAACAUGUCAAUCUGCGAGGACGUCUCUCGCCAAAUGCUUCAAUGCCAGCUUGAGAUUCAGAAGUGCAAGUGCCUCGAUACUACGUGGUACCAGACUUCGAUGUACACUGCUGGCGCUUUUACAAUGCUGGCCGCUAUGUGGAAGCGACGUUUCGAGACGACACCUGAGGCCAUCGCCACUUUGCGGGAGGAGAUGGACGGCUGGGUCGGCAUUCUUGAAGAAGCUGGCUCUCUGCUCGGAUCGGGAUCUAGUGUGGGUGCUGAAAUUGGAACCAUUGUUGAUCGUACCAUCGCUUGGAUCGAUCAUGAUAUGCGCAACCAGGAGCCCAAGAGCUCUCAGCCAUCAAUCACACCAGAGAUCAAGACAGAGCAGGCUGCACAGGCUUCGGCUUACCCGGCUUCUCAGAUUCCCUCUACAGUGACCAGUGUUAGCGCUCAAGGUGAAGUCUCAUCUGCCAAGAAUUACUUCCCAGAGCCAGAAAUGAAUGGACAGACCUCUUACCCAACACUCACUUACAACGAACCCCCGCAAAAUGGCAUGGCGCCUCCAACAGCUUACGACGCCGGCGCCAUGUUCUACAGCACAUCUGCGCAAGCCGCAGUCACCACAUCGGCCCUACCAUCGUCUGUGGCGCAGGUGAACCCAAUGCUCGCCUUCUCGCAAUCAGCCCAGGUACCUCAGGCCGACAUACUCUGGCAGGGACGCGGCAACACUUGGCACGACUGGACUUCGGCCAUCGCUGACACCCAGGAUCGGUUCAGUGCAUCCACUCUUUUGACGCUCGGAGGCAAUACACGAGAUGCCUCAUCCGGCGCAGGCGUCCCGGGCGUCGCAGCCAACCCAUCAGCAAACGACAUCAACAACAUACAACACGGAGGCCAGUGGCCACUGAUAAUAUUCGACCAGGUGGCGCCAAACGGAUCUUAA